CCUUCCUUCUCCUCGCCGCCAUAUUAUUUCAUUGUCAAACCGCGCACACGGAAGAGCACGCCACAAUGUCGCCAUCAUUACCAUAUGCUGCGGAUGUAGAGUCUCCGCUCAAGCCAGAAGAGCUGCAGGUCCUGCGUGCGCAGUAUGAGAAAGAGGGCGAAUACGUCGGCUUGCAAACAAAGUUCAACUAUGCCUGGGGCCUCAUAAAAUCAAGCUCCCGCCACGAGCAACAAGAAGGUGUACGACUUCUCUCCGAAAUUUUCCGCAACUCGCGCGAGCGCCGUCGCGAAUGCCUCUACUACCUCGCUCUCGGCAAUUACAAGCUCGGCAACUACGCGGAGGCGAGGCGGUAUAAUGAGCUGCUGUUGGAGCUAGAGCCGGCGAAUCUGCAGGCGGGCAGCUUGAAAGAGCUUAUUGACGAGAAAGUUGCGAAGGAGGGCCUUGUGGGCGUGGCGAUUGUGGGCGGGAUUGCGGUAGCUGCGGGGAUUGUGGGAAGCUUCUUGCUGAAGGGGUCGCGGAGGAGAUGAGAAACUUGAAGAGAGGGGGACACAGGCGGUCUAUCUAGGCCAGGACAGGCGAUAAUGGCUGCGAACAUAUGAAGGCGUUGGGUUACUCUAGCUUUGCUCUAGAUUGUAUAAUAUCCAGGGCCUCUCCGAAGUUUGAAUAGGGACUUUCGAGCUUGACCCGAAUGCUGAAUCUAUGCGGUUUACGGUGUCACGUUACUUCAGAUGAGAUCUGACGCCUGCACAACGCGUGAGUUUCUCGGUGAGUAAUGGAUGGCUACGGAAGCCUAUGGAAGCUUGGACGAAGGCGCAGCAGAAAGCGUACAUGUGGUCAAGC